CCAAACUUCCUUCCCUUUUUAUCCAGUUAUUACCGAGCUUGACAAAGCUACUGCCAAGCAGAUACACAAAGGGAGUGGAAGGACCUGCACCAAUGGGAGUCAAACUGUAUUACACCACCGUUACUGCCUCACGGACGGUGAAGUCUCAACAGGCAGAAGUGAUGCGAAUCCUUGACAGUAAAUCCAUUCAGUACGAGCUCAUUGACAUUUCUGUGGGUGGGGAGCUUCGUGAUGAAAUGAGGAGCAAAGCAGGGGACCCAAAGGCAGUGCCUCCACAGCUUUGUAACGAAGACCAGUACUGUGGGAACUAUGAAAUGUUUUCUGAGGCGGUGGAAGCGGAUACAGUAGAACAGUUUCUGAAACUGGCAUGUUGAGGGUGGAGUAUCAUUGUCCAUCUUAAUCCCAUCCCCCCACCCACCCUGUGCCCUAUUGGAGGUCCCAUAUCCAGUCUCUCUGCACCAUUGGUAGUGUCCACUCUCUUUCAAUGCCAUAAUGAAGAAUGCCAAAUAUCUCUAUUCAACUCAUCUGAAGACACACAUUCCUACUACUGAGCCAGCAUCUCUUAAUGAGUCAUCUGUUAUAUUUUUGUUUCUGUUCCUGAUUCCUUUCAAACCUUUUUCCUGUCUGAGAGACUAGUGUUACCCAGUGCUCCUACCCCACUAGGAAUCAAUGGGGUGUCUUAAUGUGCAGUAAUUAGGCCAACUAAACUUGAUUGCUGGAGAUUAAACUAAUCCUCUGGAUGACAGCAUUAAACCUGAUCCUCUGCAGCCUGAACACACAAACAUCACUCAGUUUUUACUAAUUUGUUGUUUUUUGUAGCCUUCAAGUUCCCAUGUUGUACAUGACAGCACACUCUUUGUAUUUCACAUGAAUUCACAAGUAGCAUGGACUGAGAUGUCCUUAGACCUAAACAAUUAUAAAUUAUAGCAGCUAAAAGAUGCCGUGAUCAACCUUUUGUUAUUUUGCUCCAUUGGUUACCUUAUGCCAUAUGUGAUGAGGUUUGGGUCCAAAAUGGGAAUCCAGUGUAGCCAACUGAGGUCCUGUGCUGAUUUGAAGUGUUUUGAGGGGCGAUAAUGGCACCAGAACUCAAAUGUAUGUCUGAACAAAUAUUAAAAAUGCAAAUUAUUUCAAUGAAGCUAGAAACUAGCACUUGUCUGUGACACAUUAGAACAUUAGUGGUUCUCACCCAAAUACACCGUCGCAUCAGAAAUGGCACAUAAGGCCAUACCACACACUUACUUCCUAAGAAUGUUUUGGCAACAUUCCCCUGGUCACACUAGUUUCUAUAUUUUAAUUCAUUUUGGUAUGUGGACUAGAUUGAAGGCAAAAUGUAUCCAUGAUCACCGAUGUACACGCCUAUGGCAGACCUUUUCAAAUCAUACACAUUGUGGCUUUAAGUAAUCAUUGGUGAGCUGGGCUGUAGCUACCACUUAGUGCUCUGAGGUCUCACCCCACUUUAUUCUUUUAGGGAAUGUAGGGAUUUUAGACAUCUGCAGGGGAAUUAACAUACGACAGCUUAAACUUAUACAUGGUGGGUACUUUGUAGGCUGAUUCCACUAUAUAAAUUGUACUAUUUAGGCCAAAAAAUGUGAGAUUUCUCUGCUAAAAUGUUAUUUAGCAUGGAGAAAUGUUUAAAUUUUUACGAGGUAUUAACAUUAAGGAAGUGCCACAGAAAAUAAACAUAAUAUGAAAAAUCCAAAUAGAUAAUUUGGCAAACUGUCUGCCUUUGUGAGUUGGAUUCAUGACCUCAGUAUUCCAAAAAUCAUGGCUACAUCCCUGUUUGCAUAAAAAAAAAAAAGUUGGAUUUAGGAACCAAUUGCUGUCCUAACCUAUGUUAUAAAGGACUCCAAUGAGCUAAAUCUAUUACAGUGUUGGUAUACUCUUAAAAUUGGUGGUUAAAUAGCUUGGUUGUUGGCUGAUCAAUUUUAGCAUCCAGUAGAGCAGGAUGCUCUUAACAUCACAUUUGGUGCCAAUAUAUAUCUGUAAUGCGCUCUUGAGGGUGAUUGUUCAUUGUAGUAUUAGCAUUUACCUGCCUUCUCUGAUUUCCACUGUUUUACUGUAUAACUUGAAAGCUUUAUUCCACCACUGGGUGCUCUCCGUUGUUGGCUGACAGGGUAAAAAGUUGCCCGACAUGUAGAAGAAAGUAUUUCAUAGUGUAAAUCAUUAGAAUGAAAAGAUGUGAAUUCUGCUUUCAAUCGUGUAGCUUUUCCUCCCUCUGUUUAUUUGAUUUUACACUUUUUCUGACUAAUUGUACUGGGCAUAACGAUAUAGUAAUGUGACUAUGCACUGCAACCCAGCCUCAUUCUGAACAAAUGAAGGUCAAAGUUGGUGUGUUUAGAUUGACCUCACUCAGUCUUACUAGCCUUAGGGAAAACUCACUAUAUGGGAAAAAUGAAGGCUUUACAUAUUUGUGCUUUUUAUGUAUUUGCAUUAAUUCAUUUCAUACAUCUCAGUCAAAAUAUAAUGUUCAGUUAUUGGUCUUGUGUCUUGUUUUCAAAAA